UGAUGACGUUGUUGAUCCACCCUUUUCAGGCAUUGGGAGCUGUGACGUUCGUGGCCAGCUCAGCUCUGCCAGCCUUCCAUUCCACCAACCUGUCCGACCUGCCCGAAGCACAGCAGACCUUCUUCAAGGACACAUGCGCCUCUCCCGAACCGCAGGCUUCUUCCAACUACAAAACCACGCCUGCUCGUUGCUCUCACUUCUUGAUUGUAGCAAGUCACGAUCAAGACCCUUAGCCUGAAAACUCGUUCCUGCGGUUUCUUGUUCCCCUCCUUCGCAUCCUCGAAACGUGCCGACGACCUACAUUCACACCCAGAAACGACGACAAGCAACACCAAGGACCCCCGCCGGCCAGACCUAUCGCCAACUCUAUUUAUUGAUACGGCCUCUGGCACCAAACAGCCGCCAAAAUGACUCUCUACUACACCCUGGUCUUCGUUCUGCUCAUGACAGAGAUGGCUGUCUUCAUGAUGCUUAUCCUCCCAGUUCCAUUCACCAUCCGCCGCAAGAUGUUCAACUUCAUCUCGGAGAAUCCGCUGGUGGCCAAGGUCCAAUAUGCAAUGAAAAUCACAUUCAUAUUCAUAUUAAUCCUAUUCAUUGACAGCGUCAACCGCGUCUAUCGAGUCCAACUCGAAUUAGCGGCCGCCACGGAUAACAGCAAGAACACUGCCACCAUCAUGGGCCACGAGCGCCUCGAGGUGCAGGCGCGCAAGUUCUACUCGCAGCGCAACAUGUACCUUUGCGGCUUUACCCUCUUUCUGUCGCUCAUCCUUAACCGGACCUACUCCAUGAUCCUUGAAGUCCUCCGUCUGGAGGAGAAGGUUAAGCAAUACGAGGGUACCGACAACAAUAAGAAGGCUGGCAAGGACUCUGCCAAGCUUGCCGAGGCUGGAAACCCGGGUGAGAUCGCGCGUCUGAAGGAGGAGAUCAAGCGCAAGGAUGCCAACAUCACGGCUCUCAAGGAGCAGGCUAAGGGCCUGCACCGCGAGUACGACUCUCUCGGCGAGAAGUUUACCGUCGAAGACGGCUCCAACAAGAAGCAGAGGUAGAGGACAUGGGAUCAUCGGUCAUAUCACUGUCGCUGCUCUUCCACGUCAAUUGUCCUUGCCAUGAGCCGUUCCUGCUGGCCACCCGACAGAUACUUGAUCCGUUUGCCGCAUGUGGCAGAAGGGGGACGGGGGUUUGAGCGUCGACUUUCCGCCUGAGCGGCUGGAAUCUUAAACCCCGGAUGGAAGCAGUGGGAAGGACGUUGUUUCUGCGUGUGUCGGACGCAUGAUUGUCACGAUUCACUCCGCAAUGAUAAGGGCACCGCAGUUACGAUCCUGGCCACCGGGGCUGGAGAUAUGACAUCAGAGGGGCUUCUCCAUAUGCACAAAAUGCUGUUUAGGUCUACGACGAUGGGGGACUUGUUGAUUAGGACUAUUCCCGUUUGUCAUUAUGAUGCUGGUUUCCUUAUUCCCUCAAGGCUGUGUAUUGGUGUUUGGUAGUUUUCAUCGUGGCUCAUAUUGUUGCUAGUGCCAAACGAUUCGAUAACGAGUUCCCUCGAGCACAAGUGAUUUAUUGAGGCUCAAGGCUGCCGUUUUCCCCUCUUGGCUCAGUCUGUCCUGAUACUUAG